UGUUAAUACACUGUUUGGACACAAUUGAACAGAGAACGUCUCCGUGUUAAAUGCGUCUACACUUGUGUAGUAAAUUCCACUUAUUACUUUCAGAGUGGAAUUAUUCAUCUCAUAAAUCUGGUAAUAUAUUCAUUCUCUCAUCCCAAUCUCCAUGUUCAAAGAGAUGCUGCUCCUCUGAAUCUGACCAUUUUUAUCCACCCCCCCCCCCCCCCCCCCCCCCCCCCCCCCCCCCCCACCCGCCACUGUAAUUAAUCCUUUUUCUAAUGCCUCUUUGCUUUACUAAGGGCCGACAUUUUUAAUCUCCUCAUAUACCACUUCAAUAAUACUGUUCACAAAUUCUCGUUUACAAAAUCAAUACACACAUUUUUAUAUGUAACUAUAUGUAUAUUUAUAUAUACGCACAUACAAAAGGUCUCUGCCAUGUUAUUCUUGCCUCUCUGUUUUCCCCAUUUCUUCCUCACUUAUUCUCCAAGAGACGAACUCAGCUGCGAUUACCAGGAUAAACUCUAGAGGUGGGAAUGGAAUUUAAGUAAAAUUUCCCUUUUGCUAAUUCUUGGAACGCAGCAUAAUACAAGAUCUUGAUUGAUCCUUCAAGUAGAAGAUAUAGAGUUUUUUUGGGGUCUGCUAAGAUGAUGAUGUUCGAGGAUAUGGGGUUCUGUGGCGAUCUCGAUUUCUUUUCGUCUGCUCCGAUGAAGGAAGCAGAUGUAUGUGCUCUGCAGUCUGCGGAGGCCGAGGCCGAUGCAGUCGUGGAGGAUGACUACACCGAUGAUGAGAUCGACGUGGAUGAGCUCGAGCGGAGGAUGUGGAGGGAUAAGAUGCGGUUGAAGAGGCUCAAGGAGAUGCACAAGGGGAAGGAAGGCGUUGAUGCUGCGAAGCAGCGUCAGUCGCAGGAGCAGGCGAGGAGGAAGAAGAUGUCGAGGGCGCAAGACGGGAUCUUGAAGUACAUGUUGAAGAUGAUGGAAGUGUGCAAAGCUCAAGGCUUUGUUUAUGGGAUUAUCCCUGAGAAGGGGAAGCCUGUGAGCGGAGCCUCUGAUAAUCUGAGGGAGUGGUGGAAGGACAAGGUCAGGUUCGAUCGCAAUGGGCCGGCUGCCAUCGCCAAGUACCAGGCGGACAACGCCAUCCCCGGGAAGAACGAGGGGUCUAACCCCGUCGGCCCAACUCCUCACACCUUGCAGGAGCUCCAAGACACCACCCUUGGUUCCUUGCUAUCUGCUCUGAUGCAGCACUGCGAUCCGCCUCAGAGACGGUUCCCUCUGGAGAAAGGCGUCCCGCCUCCGUGGUGGCCGACGGGGAAAGAGGAGUGGUGGCAUCAAUUAGGUCUACAGAAGGAUCAAGGCUCCCCUCCUUACAAGAAGCCUCAUGAUUUGAAGAAGGCGUGGAAGGUGGGCGUUCUAACGGCCGUGAUCAAGCACAUGUCUCCCGACAUUGCCAAGAUCCGGAAGCUCGUGAGGCAGUCCAAGUGUUUGCAGGACAAGAUGACGGCCAAGGAGAGCGCGACUUGGCUGGCCAUCAUCAACCAGGAGGAAGCCCUGGCCCGGGAGCUCUACCCCGACCGCUGCCCACCACUCUCUGGAUGCGGGGGCAGCGGAACAUUUGCCCUGAACGAGAGCAGCAGCGAGUACGACGUGGAUGUGGGUGAUGAGGAGUCUAACUUCGACGUGCAGGAGCAGAAACCGGCUACUCUCGGGUUGUUGAAUAUUGGGAUGGAUAGGUUUCAAGAUAGGUCUCAUGCCAUCAAAGAUGAACUCAUCACCAGCUUGGACUUCUCGAGGAAGAGGAAGCCCGGGUGCGAACUCAACAUGAUGAUGGAUGGGAAGAUCUACACGUGCGAGUUCCUUCAAUGCCCGCACGCUGAGCUCCGCCACGGCUUCCAUGACCGAGCUUCCCGCGAUAAUCAUCAGCUGUCUUGCCCUUACAAGCACUCUCCUCAGUUUGGGGUUUCGAAUUUCAGCAUCAAUGACAUCAAACCAGUCAUCUUUCCUCAAUCAUUUGUCCAGCAGAAGCCAUCUCCACUGCCUGUGAACCAAACUCCGGCCCCGCCCUUUGAUCUCUCCGGCCUAGGGGUCCCGGAAGACGGGCAGAGGAUGAUCAAUGAGCUCAUGUCCUGCUACGACAACAAUGUACUAGGAAACAAGAAUGCGAAUGCAGGCAGCGCCACAGCCGCCUCAAAGGAGCAGCAACGCAACAACGUGCAUUGCCAGCAAGACUCCGGCUACCUCCAAACUCAAGGAAUGGUGUUGGACAACGGCCUAUUCGAAGACAACAACAGCAACAUUCAUCACAACCCGAUGAUGUUCCGAGCAGCAGCUGAUCGGUUCGACCAAUGCAAGGUGUUGAAUUCACCUUUCAACCCCAACCCUAGUGAGAAUUUCCAGCUAAUGUUCAGUUCUCCGUUCAACAUACCGGCGGCCGACUUCUCCGAGAAUUUCGGGCCGAGGGAUAGCCUGGCAAAGCAGGAUGUUGCAAUGUGGUACUAAAGUAGUCUCAAUACAUUUUCAAAGGUGGAUUUUUUUUAAAUUUCACCUGGUCUUUUUAUCUUAGUGUUACAUAUUGUGGUGUCGUUUUUAUGAUGUUAGAGUUUGUAGAGUUUGAAGAUGUUGUGUAAUAAUCAAAGUGGGGAUUGUGGUAUGGAAUGGUGUCCCAUGUCUUUAAAGAUGCUGUGGUAGAAUGGAUAGAGUUCAUAUAGAUGUUAUACAUAAAUAAGGUUGUUAUUGAUGA